AUGGCGUCCGCGGCCGCGCAACUUUCGCUUCCGCGCAUCUUCCGUUCAUCUCCAGACGUCCACUGUCAGUCGUCGAGCCGCCAUCGCUCCGCCGUGCUUCCGCGUUUCACGGGCUUAAAAAUCUCGUCACCAGCUGAGCGAAUAGGCGGUGAAAAUGCGUUCCGCGGUACCAGUGCCGUGCCUGGCCGAAAAGGGGGAAAGGGGGAACCUCUCCGCCUUCCGAGUGCGCUGGCGCGCGCGGACGUUGUGGUGGCUGCGGCGGAAGGCGGAACCCGCGCGCCGCCGCGGGAUCGGAAGCAGAAGCUCGCUCCGCCGAGCGGGCGCGCGGGGGGCGCGGGGAGAUCGGGAGGCGGAAAGAUUCCGUACGAGCUCGAGGCGGUGAUCAGCAAUCUCGUGUCGCUGGCGCCACGUGGCAGCAUCUCGCGAUGCAUGGAGACGUUCAAGGGGAAGCUGACGCUGCCGGACUUUGCGCUGAUCUUCAAGGAGUUCGCGCAAAGGGGAGAUUGGAUCCGCGCCAUGCGCCUGUUCAAGUACAUGCAGCGGCAGCAAUGGUGUGCGCCCAACGAGUACAUCUACACCAUCAUGAUCGGCAUCAUGGGUCGGGAGGGCAUGUUGGACCGUGCACAGGAGCUGUUUGAGGAGAUGCCGGAGAAUAGCAUGGAGUGGAAUUUGCCUUGUGCUUCUUGCCUCUCAAUCUCUCCCCUUCUCCCUCAUCCUCUCCCCCCUCCCACCUUCUUCUCCUCUUCCCCUCUAUCAGGUCGCGAGGGCAUGUUGGACCGUGCACAGGAGCUGUUUGAGGAGAUGCCGGAGCAUGGAGUGGAGUGGAAUGUGUAUUCAUUCACGGCUCUCAUCAAUGCAUAUGGGAGGAAUGGCAUGUACGAGCAAUCACUCGACCUCCUGGCACGCAUGAAGAGAGAGGGAGUGGCAGCGAACAGCAUCACACACAACACGGUCCUGCGCGCAUGUGCCAAGUCCCUGCUCGUCCCUUUUGAGGCGCCUCAAAACUCGUCCCCAACGCCACCCUUUCCCACUCCCACCCCCGCCCCCCACCCUGGCCCCUGUCAGUACGAGCAAUCACUCGACCUCCUAGCAAGGAUGAAGAGGGAGGGAUAUGAGCGCUCAUUGGAUCUGCUGGCAAGGAUGAAGAGGGAGGGGGUAGCAGCGAACAGCAUCACAUACAACACCGUGCUGCACGCAUGUGCCAAGGGCGCCAUGCCCUGGGAUGCGCUCGUUGAUAUAUUCGCCAAGAUGAGACAGGACGGCGUGCAGCCCAACAUAGUCACGUUCAACACGCUGCUAGCAGCCUGCAAUGCUCUUUCCCCCGUCUCUCCCCUCUUCACCCCUCCUUCCUUCCCACUCUCGUUCCCCCCACCGGCCUUUCCGUCUCCCGCCAGCCCAACAUGGUCACAUUCAACACGCUGCCAGCAGCCUGCAAUGCCCCAUGCUCAUUCUCCCUCCUUCCUAACUCCCCCAACCCUCCCCCUCUCCCCUUCCCUUCACUCUCCCCAUCAGCCCGACAUACCAGACAUAGUCACAUUCAACGCGCUGCUAGUAGCCUGCUUCUUGCCCCUUAACCUCUCUUCCCCCCCCCCUUUUUCUUCCCCUUUCCCCCCCGCCACCCCCUCUCACCAGCCCGACAUAGUCACGUUCAACACGCUGCUAGCAGCUUGCAAUGCACGCUCGCUUGUGGAGCAAUCAGCUAUGGUCUUCCGCUCUAUGGUUGCCUCCCAGGUGCCGCCCAAUGCCCUCUCGUACGCCUCGUUGGUCGACACGCACCGCCGGGGCGGGCAGCUGGGCGGCGUGCGUCGUCUGUUCCAGGAGAUGUCGGAGGAGGAAGGGGUGGUGGCUGACGUGUCAGCUUACAACAUGCUCAUCGAUGCUUACGCUUGGGGGGGAGAGUACCAAGCAGCUCAAGAGGUGUUCAACGAGAUGCAGCAGGCCGGCUGCAUCCCCAACGUCGCCACCUAUACUGCCCUUCUUAAAGCCCUCGGGUCCAACGGCAGCUACCACCACGUAUUCAACGAGAUGCAGCAAGCUGGUUGCAUCCCCAACGUCGCCACCUAUACUGCCCUUCUUAAAGCCCUCGGGUCCAACGGCAGCUACCACCACGUGCGAUCUGUCUUCACCCAGAUGAAGGCCUCUGGGAGGAAACCCGACCUCGCCACGUACCAGACCCUGCUGGACGUUUUUAUUUCUGGAGGGUUCUUCCGAGAAGCUUCGCGGCUGUUCUGGGACAUGGAGGAGGAUGGGGUGGAGGUGGAUGAAGGGGCGUUCACCUCUCUGCUCGUGGCGUGUGGAUUGGGAGGGCUGACAACCGAGGCCACAGAAAUCUACAGGUUCAUGCGGGAGCGCUCACAAGUGCAGCCGUCGUCCUCGUUGAUGGAGGCUCUGUUCAUGCGAGAGCAAUCACAGGUGCAGCCAUCAUCCUCGCUAAUGGAGGCUCUGAUAAGCGCGUAUGGGCAGGCAGGCAUGUAUGACCAUGCACUGACGGCCUUACACGAGAGCAUGGAGAUGGGACUCUCAGACCAGCCGGGUCCCUUCCUCGCGCUCAUGGAGGCGUAUGCAGCAGGGGGCAUGCACGACGAUGCAGCGUUUGUCUUUGCCCUCAUGAUGCAAUCUGAUGGGGGGAGAGAGGCAGCAGCAGGAGCAGGCGCAGGCGCAGCAGCAGGAGCAGCAGCAUUCCUUUCAUCUCCCUUUCCCCCACACCUCCCAUCUUCCCCGCUCCCUCCCUCAGGGUCCCUUCCUCGCCCUCAUGGAGGCGGUCCUUUCCUCGCGCUCAUGGAGGCGUAUGCAGCAGGGGGCAUGCACGACGACGCAGCGUUCGUCUUUGCUCUCAUGAUGCAAUCCGAUGGGGGGAGAGCAGCAGCAGGCGCAGCAGCAGGAGCAGCAGGAGGAACAACAGGAGCAGCAGCAGGGGGAUUUUUGUCAGGAGACACAGCGUCUCAAAAGUCUUCUCCCUCCUCUCCUUCUCUCACCGGUGGUUCUGCUGGCCCAUACCCUGCUGAUGCGCCUCUGAGGGUCUUUGAGGCGUCUCAAAAGUCUUCUCCUCCUCUCACUGGUGGUUCUGGCGUUUACAAUGAAGCAAUCGAAGUCAGCGAGGCGUUUACUGAAGGGGGGCUGUAUGAUGAAGCGAUCAAAGUCAGCGAGGUGAGUGGAACGAGGACAUGGAGCAGGCCAACUGCCGCCCCUCCCUGGCAACGCAUGCAGCCAUGGUCACAGCAUACAGCGCUGCAGGCAGCAGGGGGUGACUGGCUGCCCUCCUGCUCGCCUCCCCCUCUUUGCGCCUUCACCCUUUGCCAAACCUUCUCACCGCAUACCUCUUCUCACCCCUCACAGGACAUGGAGCAAGCCAACUGCCGGCCCUCUCUGGCAACCCACGCAGCCAUGGUGGCUGCAUACAGCGCUGCAGGCACGUUUGAGGCCGCUUAUGCACAGACGACAGAGAUCAGGGAGGAGGGCAUGGUGCCGCCCGCUGCCAGUUACUGCCAUUUGCUGGCACUAUGCGCGAGACGGGGAAGGUGGCAGGACAUGAGGCGGCUGAUCGCGGAGAUGGAGGGGGGCGGAACGGGGGAGGAGCACCGGGUGGUGAGGGGACUGCUGGUGGGGCGGUAUGAGUCGGAGGAGUUCUGGCCGAUUGCAGAGGACUUCUUUGGACGCCUCAAGAGGGAGGGAGUGGAGGUCAACCGAGUCUUUCUCAAUGCGCUCAUGGACGCCCUCUGGUGGGCGGGCAGGCGAGCCACAGCACUCAAGCUGGACUCAACAGUCCUCCAUGCCUCUCCUCUCCUCUCCUCUCCUCUCCUCUCCUCUCCUCUCCUCUCCUCUCCUCUCCUCUCCUCUGUGUGGUGUGUGUGCCCCUUCAUUUCCUCUCACAGUUUCUCAACUCAGAGGGAGGGAGUGGCAGUCAACCGUGUUUUCCUCAACGCCCUCAUGGACGCCCUCUGGGAGGGAGUGGCGGUCAACCGGGUCUUCCUCAACGCCCUCAUGGACGCCCUCUGGUGGGCGGGCAGGCGGGCCACAGCACUCAAGCUGCACGCACCAGUCAAGGAUGCCUCUGUUCCCUUGUGUGUGUCCCUUCAUUCCCCUCCUGCACAGAGGGAGGGAGUGGCGGUCAACCGAGUCUUCCUCAACGCCCUCAUGGACGCCCUCUGGUGGGCGGGCAGGCGAGCCACAGCCCUCAAGCUGCACGCACCAGCCACCAGCCUCGCCGUCUUCCCGGAAGCUUCCUACCGCUCGCCCACCCUCUGGUCCCUCGACGUGCACCGUUCUGCUCAGAAGUCCAAGUUUGGCUCACAAGUUGGCUUUUGA